GCGAAGUUGAGCCGCGCGUCCGACAUCAAAUUACUUUCCUUCUCAUGUUACAAAAAUGCAUUCCGUGAAUUAUCAAUUGAAUAUUUGAGACAUCGCGAGAAUCGUCCCGUGGGUCCGAAUAUACAGUUCACAGUCGAUAGUGGGGAUAUCUGUGGACUAUAAAAAGGGACUUCCCUUCGAUUCUUUGCCAUUCGUGUUGCGAAAGAUCGGUAUCGAUAUCGAGCAUCGAAACGUCGUCGAGUGCACAAUGGAUCCCAUCCUGCGUUUCACCCUGUUCUUCAUCGUUCUACCUGUCACAAUACAAGAAUCAGUGAAGAAUACUACAUGCUGGUGCGCCGUAUUUCCGGUGGGAACAUCAAAAUCCAUAAUCGAACACGGGUUUCAAUUUGACACGUGUUACGAACAAGGCGAAGAGGACUGUCGCCAAUUGUGCAUCGCUGUGGCGAAAUCGAUGGAGGCCAGAGCGCCGGAUAUAAUUUGUGAAAAUCUGAUUACCACAAUGAAUCUAGAGGUCGAGUUGUAUUCAAAAGCCUGUAACGCAACGGCAUGGAAGUCCACGGAAUUGAAAGGAAAAAAUCGAAUCUGUUGUAUUGAGGGGAUAUCGAUACCGUGCACCGAGGAUCGAGAAUCGAUCGAUCAAUCAUUCCGAACCGCGCUUUUCGCGUAACUCCUCGAUCAGUCCUCCUUUUGAAAUUUGUCAAUAUUAGUAUUUUAGUCGAUUGUUCUUCACUAGAGCAAGAACACAAUUUGGUAAGAAAAUGUAAUUGUGUUCUCGGAAUAUCAACCAUCAUUCAACCUUGUUAUCUGUAUUUUUGAUCAAGUUUCGUCUAGGAAUAAA